AACCUCGCAGUUACAGUGCAGUAUAGAUUCUGUGCAACAAGUUUAAAUAGGGAACAGGCUGCAAGAUUUGUCCAGGGACAAAGAUGACGGAGGACAAGGUCUCCAAGACUGGUCAGAGUAUUUCUGACCUCUGCAACUGCAAAACUCAUGAUCAAAGCAUAGAGUGCAAGUGUUCAAAUCGAUUUUUUAAAUGUUCUAUCGCCAGUUAUGGAUGUCCCCAAGUACAAUUGAUGACGCGGGACGAACACAAUAAACACAUGGCAAGCAAUUAUAUGCAGCAUUUGAGCAUUCUCUUUACAGCUUGCCUGCAUGAAUACACGAGAACAAAUUUAGCACGUGAGGGAACAUCGAUACGCACCAUCCCUCGUGAAAAAGGCGCAACACUCAGGCGAAGCAACCAUGAUCGGAAUGAAAGAGAAUGUAAAAAGCUAACCAAAUUGCCCCCCAGUACAGGUGAAUUGUUUAAGAUGGUAGUGAUUACUCGAGAAUUGGACAACAAGGCUAAAAGAGAACAAAUGAAAGUUGCAGCUCUUAGUGAGAGACUUAGUAAUUUACAAGAGCAAAUAGGAGAUUUGGAUGCAAUGGAACCAGAAGAUGGCUCUGGAUCAAUCAAAUUGACUAUAGAACAGUUUAGUGGCCACCUACACACUAAAAUGAAACUAUUGUGCAGCCAACCGUUCUAUCUUGAGAGGAUUCCGUACAAGGUUCGCAUUGAGGUACACUUUGAUAAUCCUGAGAAUGGAAUGAUUUCCCAUUUGUCUCUACUACUAGUGAUCGUGAAAGGAGACUAUGACAGUGUAAUUCAGUGGCCGUUCUCACAGAAGGUCACCUUCAAGCUGACUAGCUUCAAGGGCAGUGAUAUUGCUCUAAUAGAACUGAAGACAGCGGGUGUUAUCAAAGAAGACAAUGUUAUUGUUGAAUGUCAGAUUCAUUGGUAAAUACGCCAUUAUACUAUAUAAGUUAUUAUUAUUAUGCACUCAAACACUCGGUGUCUAAUCAGAAUUGAGAGUUGA